AAGUUCCUCCAGGCUCCCACCCCACCUCUCACAAAAAUCUUACUCACCCCUUCCUCCUGAUCUGCCUCACUACUCGUAUCUCUCAACAGAACGAAAGAUGUCCUGGACGUACGCAACCCUCCUGGCUCUCCUCGCCGUGCUUCUUGCACUUUCCUUGUCUCCAGAGGCCGACUCUGCAGCUGUGCCCAGCAGCACGGGCAGCGCUAAAGACCCACAAGGUCAGCUAAAGAAGAUCUUCAUGAGGGAGACAGAUGCAUCAAACUUCUUCAGAAGACGCAGCAGACGGGGCGUGAAGUCUCAGGAUGAGAUUAACACUGAGCAGAGGCUGAUUCUGGCUGCAGAUGAACGAAAGAGAGAGUUUCACGAGGAGAAGAGGAAUGAGUUUGAGAGCUACGCUGAAGAGGAGCACGAUGAACAAAACGAGAGGACCAGAGAGAGCACCGAGCAGUGGAGGGAGUUUCACCACGACGGGAUGCAUCCUCCCCAAGAGUACAACCGUCAGUCCAUCUGAGACUGAGAGGAGAGAGGUGACGCUGUAAGCUGAAAGAAACAUCUCUAACUACACAAUGAGGCUUUUCUCCUCAGAUCUCUGACAGUUAUACAGUAGAGACAUCAGCUGCAGAGAUUUUCAGCCAUGUUUUUCAACUUGAUUUUAACCCAUGUGUUGUUGGCAUUGGCUUUACUUCCUCAUUGUUUGGGAUCCCACAGACCCCACUGCUGUAUGUGUAAAAGUAAUAAUAAUCAUUGCAAACAUUUAAAAAAAAAAAAAAAAAAAAACAUGUAUCAAAAUUUUUGUCCAUAAAAGUUUUUGAAAAACCCCAAUAUGUAGAAAGGUAUUGAAGUGGUAACCUUUCCCUUUUGCACAAACUGGGCUUUCACAUUUAAAGGUGGGGUAUGCAUUCUAAUCCAAUACACCUCUUUUUGUCAAAUUCAGCGAAUAUCUCCUCACGGUCUGCUAGCUGUCUGUUCAGUGUGUGCACUGAAAAACCUCUGGUGUCUGUGCAC